UCCUUUGGUCGUUCUGGAAUUGAUUUUUCUUUAGUUAUGGCUUAAGAGAAGUUCUUUUCUGGUCUCUUUUGGAGGAAAAUCAACAUGUGGGGUGGUGCAGAAUUCGACUGAGUUGGGUUAGGAUUUUUUGGGUUUCUCAAAUUCUUUUCUCUACUUUCCUUCCUCGGAUGGCUUCUUUGGGAUUCUCUGGCAGGGAUAUCUACAGUUUAUUGGGAUUUUCGGUGUUGUGAGUGGCUAGUUUUGGUGGGUUUCUGGAGUCUUGUUGCAGAAAUAUUGGUGGGUCGUUCAUUUCAAAAGAAGGCUCUGGAGUGUGAUGAAACAGCAUGGGACGUAACAAAUGGAUGAGAAAGCGGGAAAUUGGUGCUAGACGUAGGUUGGGGAGGGUAAUGAAGUGCUUGUGUUCCGGUGAGCAGUUAAGAGCAGAUGAAAUUGUUCCCUCCUCUGAGUCCCUGGCCACAAGGGACUAUUCCUCAAGCAUGUAUUCGUCUCGGACUGGCGAUGCUGAACACAAGCCUGAUACUGGAAAUAUUGAAGAGGCUGAAUCAUCUCUUCGUGAAAGUAGUUGUCUGAACUAUGAGGAGGCAAGAGCAUUGUUGGGAAAGCUCGAGUAUCAAAAAGGAAACAUAGAAGCUGCUCUUCAUGUGUUUGAGGGAAUAGACGUUGCUGCUGUUACUCCCAAGAUGAAACUCUCAAUUGCUCGGAGAGUGGAAAAUCGCAAGCGCCGUCACAGUGAUGUUGCCCCUCCCAUGUCUAUGCAUACCGUCAGUUUGCUUUCUGAAGCAAUUUUUCUGAAAUCAAAAUCAUUGCAAGUCCUUGGUAGAUUUAGAGAAGCUGCUCAAUCAUGCACAGUUAUUCUGGACAUUGUUGAAUCAGCAUUACCGGAAGGCUUGCCUGAAAACUUUCAUACUGAUUGUAAAUUGCAGGAGGCUCUAAACAAGGCUGUUGAGUUGCUUCCAGAGUUAUGGAAGCUUGCUGGUUUUCCAAAUGAAGCAAUUUUGUCAUACAGGCGUGCCCUGCUUCACCAUUGGAAUCUUGAUGUAGAGACCACUGCAAGGAUACAGAAAGAGUUUGCCAUUUUUCUCCUCUAUAGUGGUUGUGAUGCAAACCCCCCAGACCUCCGUUCUCAAAUUGAAGGCUCUUUUGUACCUAAAAGCAACAUAGAAGAGGCUGUUCUUCUGUUGAUGAUUCUGUUAAGAAAAUUUGCUCUCAAAAGGAUUGAAUGGGACCCAUCAGUCAUGGAUCACCUUUCAUUUGCUCUGUCUUUGUCAGGGGACUUAAGGGCCUUAGCCAAUCAGUUUGAAGAAUUAUUACCUGGGAUUUUGGAUAGAAAAGAAAGAUUUUACAUCCUAGCCCUAUGUUACCAUGGGAUAGGAGAGGACAUGGUUGCUCUUAAUCUGUUGAGGAAGCUGUUAAGUAGAAGAGAGAAUCCAAAUAGCAUGCCAGGUUUAUUACUGGCUUCUAAAAUUUGUGGAGAGAACCCUAGUUGUGCAGAAGAAGGGGUGGUGUUUGCUCGCAGAGCACUUGGUCUGUUGCAGUGUGAAUGUGAUCAGAUGGGAAGUGUUGCCAACUGCUUACUUGGUGUCUCACUCUCAGCUGAGGCCAGAUCAGUUGUUUCAGACUCUGAGAGGAUAAUGAAAGAAUCCGAGGCACUUAAGGCAUUAGAAACUGCUGAGAAAACAAUGAAAGAAAGAGAUCCCAAAGUUUUAUUUCAUCUCAGCCUUGAAAAUGCUGAGCAGAGGAGGUUGAAUGUUGCCCUUUACUAUGCAAGGCAGUUUCUGAAAUUGGAAGCUGAUUCUAACAUCCUAGGGUGGAUUUUAUUGGCUCGAAUAUUAUCUGCUCAACAAAGAUAUAAGGAUGCUGAGACUGUCAUUAAUACUGGUCUGGAUCAGACUGGGAAGUGGGAUCAGGGAGACUUGUUGCGGACUAAAGCAAAACUUCAGAUUGCACAGGGUCAGUUAAAGAAUGCUGUUGAGACAUAUACUCAUCUGCUGGCUAUUCUUCAAGUUCAGAGUAAAAGUUUCAGAGUUGGGAAGAAGUUUCAAAAGGAGAGUGGAAAGCAUGAUAGAAGUUUAGAAAUGGAUACAUGGCAUGAUCUGGCCAAUGUCUACACAAGCUUGUCAAUGUGGCGGGAUGCUGAAGUCUGUCUCACUAAAUCCAAGGCCAUUAGUCCUUAUUCUGCUUCCCAAUGUCAUGCCAAAGGUUUACUCUAUGAAGCAAAGGGCCUCCACAAAGAAGCUUUGGAAGCAUUCACAAAUGCCUUAGAUAUUGAACCCACCCAUGUCCCAAGCCUGGUCUCUACAGCUACUGUUCUUAAACAUCUUGGUGACAAGUCAUUGGCUGUAGCUAGAAGCUUCCUAACAGGUGCCUUGCGACUAGAACGAACAAACGCCUCUGCUUGGUACAACCUCGGGCUUCUAUACAAAGCUGAGGGUGGUGCAUCAGCACAAGAAGCUGCAGAAUGUUUCCAGACUGCAGCUCUUCUUCAAGAUUCUGCACCUGUUGAACCCUUCAGAUAAUCUGCAUCACGUACACAACUAAACUCUGUAAGCAACCAAUGUAUAUUUCUAGUUGAGCCUUUUUUUUUUUUAAUUAUUUUUUGGCCCCUUGAAAAAUGUUUACAUCCCACUUCUUGUAGUCUGAUUGGAAUCUGUAACCAUCAUAAAAGAAAAUUUACCCAUCAGGUUUCAUCACUGACAUUCUUGGUGAACAAAAUUGACUUUACUUUUUUGAGGAUUCAUAUCAUCUUCC